AUGGCUGGUUCCACAAAAAAUUUUCAUCUCGUCCCAGUGGUGGACCGACCUUAUUUUCUCCGGGCUACGGUGGUGGGAUUACGGGCUCAACUCGAGGGACUCGGGCUCGACAGCUCCGGUCUGAAGGUUGAUCUCUAUCUUCGUCUGACGAACGGAGGCCACAGUCUCUACACUGAUGAUCGUGACCAGUCAGACAGUGACCAGUCAGACAGUGACCAACCAGACGGUGACCAAUCAGAUGGUGACCAUCCAGGGGAUGACCAGCCAGAGAAUAAUGAUGGAGACGAUGGUCAGGGAAGCGAUGAUCAAGGUGGUGAUCCACCAGGAGGAGCAGGCCAAAAACGACGCAGAGACGAUGGAGGCGGCGACGAUGACGGCGACGAUAAUGACGACGACAACCAAGGGUCACCGCCGCCGCCACCCCGCAAGACCUUAAGAGUUGGCGGUGCUAUUCCAGCAGAACUUCGGCUUCAAAUAAUGGGUUAUCUUAACUUUCCCCAAUUAUGGAACCUGACAAUGGCAGCUCCAGCGGGAUACUUGACGGAUGAUAUAGACGUGUUCGUAAUGGACGCACGCCGGCAGCACGCUAUCGACUAUCCUCCUGUUGAUAGUGACGACAGUGGCAGUGGAAGCGGUGGCAGUGGCUCUGGCAGUAGCUCCAGCAGCAACGGCAGCGAUGAUUAUGACUAUCGCGACGACCCUAACCGUCCCCUGUCUACGCUACAAUGGGUCGGCAGACGCCUUAUAUACGAUCCUGCGUUCGGGACGGCCUGGCGCGCGCGCAUCUUCCAACUCAUUGAUUCGUAUCUCCAGGUAUAUGGACAGGCUGACAAUGCGUACGAGGAUGGAAACGUGAUAGAGGACAUGUUGUAUUACUUCCGGCCCCAGCCCCUUUAUGGUACCCGCUUUCCCCUCGUUUGGGCCGCUCGGAACGAACGCCCAGAUAUUGUGCACCUCCUCCUACUGCGCGGCGAGCCUGUGGACCAGGCGACCGAGGUCACUGGCAGGGCGGCCCUGAAUGAGGCCGUGGGCGGGAUCGGGGUCCAGCUUACUGCGACACAGUCCGGCAGCGAUAGAAUGCACACCAUCUUUGCACUGAUCGGGGCCGGUGCCGACGUGACACUGGUCAGCGAAAACACACGGGACGCCGCACGGGACAUGCUCGAGGAAAUUAUGGACGUACCUGUGCCGGGCGCCGAGGAUUGGCAUACCUGGCAGAGGAUCGUAAACGUCCGAGGCUUGAGCGUCCGCGAAUUCAUUGCCGACCCACGCUCGGAUUAUUUUGACAGGAUCAGGUUGGCAAUGUAUGUGAUAGUAUUCCAGAGCGAGGACUAUCCGGGACUCGAGUGA